CGCCGAUUGCUGAGGGGUCGUUAUGAUUGCCGUCGUGCACUAUGGGCGAACGUGUUGUACACCUACCCCUCGCCAUCAUCGAUCCUGGGCCCGCGUGUUGCUGCUGUCGCCAGCGACCAUGAAGGCCGAGCCAACUACUCAGCGUACCGCGUUGUACCAAUGCAGCACCUGCCAGCGCUCCUUUGCGCGCCUCGACCAUCUGGCUCGCCACGUCCGCACCCACACAUCGGAGAAGCCGUUUGAGUGUCCUACCUGUGCCAAGGCCUUCAGUCGCGCGUAAGCCGCAGAUUCAGCCACGUGACCAUGUCAUGUCAUUCGACUUUGACUAACCGCACGUCUUGCCAGCGACCUGCUGAAGCGGCAUGAAUGGCAGCAUGUACACGGUGCCCCAGGCCGCCCGCCU